AUGGAAGUCGCCUCCACCGGGGCGCCAAAUGGCGUGUCGACGCCUGAAACGGCAUCCGUGGUGGAUUCAGGCGCGGUGAUCCAGUACCUGACUGAAGUGCUCCGGGUGACACUGGGGGCUUCAGAGUCCGAGUAUAAUGACACCGUGCAGCGAUGCACAAGAUUCGCGUCGGAACCACAAGUCGCUCUCUACGUGCAAAAGGAUAUUGUGGCAGCCGAGGAAACAAAUGGCGAGAGCGAGGGCUCUGGUGAGUCUGGACAGCAACGCUUGUAUGACGACCGUGUCAGUUCUGGUGUUAACGAUGCGUCAAAAGAAUCUGUACAGUAUGUUUAUACGCUAUCCUCCGAAAUCUCCUCCGCCUCUACCACUGUCUCCUCCGUCGCUUUCAUCAAACGCCCCGCCCCUAUCGACCCGACUCUCUCUGUCGCCGAGCAAGUCCAGGUGAUGAACUUACCCGGUCUCGCAUCUCUCAACAAUUCGCAAGCACAGCAGGGAAACUCCCUUUCUCCUUACCAGAUCAUUCACCUUUUACUCCACCAUGGUCUUACCCCCUACUUCGAAGCCAAUACCCGCAGCCAGGAAACAGCAUUGGGUACGAAGCCAAGAACGGACACAGAGGCAAAGACUGGUGUACCAGGGACCAAAAAGAAGUUUGCUGAGCUGGAACUUGGGCUCUUGCACCUCCAACAAAAUGUCGAGAUCCCGGCACUGAAUCUGCCUCUUCAUGAAGUGGUACAGGCUGCUUUGAAAGAGGCGGAGAUUAAGGGAAUCAAGCCUUCUAUCGAGUUGAUUCCGGCAACCGUGUUGGAUAACAGUGCGUUCACAAACAGCAUCCAAAACACGGUGAAUGGAUGGAUUCGAUCGAUUCAAACCAUCACGAAGAUGUCUCGGGAUCCUGAUGGCGAGUCGGCAUCACCAGAGGUCAACUUUUGGUUGUCCAUGGAGUCUGCCUUGGAGGGCAUAGAGGCGCAGCUGCAAAGUGACGGUGUACGAUUAACAAUGGAUAUCCUCCGUCACGCGAAACGGUACCAGCCAACUCUUAGUUUCCAAGCAGACACUGGACUGAAGGACGCCACUGAAUUGGUUCAGAAGUACAACCAGUUGAUGCGGGAUUUCCCGUUGGAUGAGCUUCUGUCUGCCACAUCACUUCAGAAGGUGCAGGAGUCGCUCGGCCUUAUUUUCAACCACCUGAACAAGAAGCUGAAGAUCUGCCCGUACCCAAUAAAGCGUGCAUUGUCUCUUGUUGAGGCUAUUUCUGGUGACCUGGAUAAGCAGAUACAUGAUCUGAUUAAAGGCCCGGAAGUUUUGCGCCUGGAGUACCGCGAGUUCCGAUCUCUUAUGAAGACGACCCAAGCAAUUUGGCGCUCGUGGGAUGAAAACUUGAAGGAGUUCACCAACGUUGCUCGAGAAUCGACUCGUCGUCGAAACGAGAAAUUCAUCCCGAUCAAAAUCAACGCCAGGCAUGACAAGACUAGGGAGCGGUUGAAGUACAUUGAUACAUUCCGAGUCAACCACGAGCAGCUACAAAAGACGAUUAUUAAUGUCCUCGGGCCGAAGUCUUCGUCAUCUGAAGAGACUGGGGCCAGUGUUGACUCUGAUGGUGCUGUGAUCGUUGAGGAGAUUGGGGAUGUUGAUGCUGUCGAGGAGGUCGCGCAUGCCUAUGCAGCCCUUCAAAACGUUGACGUCCUGGAUGUCUCCCCCGAAGGAUCUCGCACUUGGGAGCAAGCAGAGAUUGGCUAUAGCGAGCGUACUUCUCGUGUUGAGAACUCGAUUAUUGCCCGGCUUCGUGAUCGACUCGCAACUGCUAAGAAUGCGAACGAGAUGUUCCGUGUAUUCUCUAAAUUCAAUGCUCUCCUUGUCCGACCAAAGAUUCGUGGUGCUAUCAGCGAAUACCAAAGCCAACUGCUCGAAAAUGUCAAGCGUGAUAUUUCUGCUCUUCACGAGCGGUUCAAGUUGCAGUACGGUCAUGCUGAGGCCCAUGCUAUGGCUCAGCUUCGUGAUCUGCCGCCUGUUUCUGGCGCCAUCAUUUGGACCAGACAAAUUGAACGUCAGCUGGAUGGAUACAUGCGCAAGGUUGAGAAUGUUCUUGGAGAAGAUUGGGCAUUGCAUUCCGAGGGUCAGAAGUUGCAAAUUGAGAGCAACCUAUUCCGAAAGAAGCUAGACACUAGACCUGUUUUCGAGAUGUGGCUUCGUGGUGUGCAGAGCCGCCACAUUACAAUUGCGGGCCGACUGUUCAACAUUAAUGUGAACCGCUCUGCUGGAAAUAUCUUCGAACUCAGUGUUAACUUCGAUGCUCAAAUCAUCGCCCUUUUCAAGGAAGUUCGCAACCUUAUUUGGUUGAACUUCCAAGUUCCUCAUGCCGUCAGUAAUAUCUCCAAAGAGGCCAAGCGCGUGUACCCAUACGCGAUCAGCCUCAUGGAGAGUGUCAGAACUCUCGCACAAACAAUGCGCCAAAUUGGCUCCAUGCCUGAUGUUGCUAUUCUUCUCAAUGGCUAUGUGAAUGACUCCCAGGCCAUGAUUGUCAAGGGCAUUCCCCUACGAUGGGAGUCCUUCGUCCAUUCAUAUGAGCUCCAUGUCAAGCAGUCCCUGGCUAACGGUGCCAUUGACCCUUCAAUGGCUACUCGAACCGAAAGCAAGCAUGUCCAGUUUGUGAGGGAGUUCGCUGGUUCUGCUGCUGUUCUGCAAUCGAAGACCGCUGAUCUUCUCAAUGCUGCCGAGCAUAUCUCAAAAUUGAUUCAUGAGUUGAAGACCUGCCCAUAUGAAGCCCCAGCCUUUGUUGAGCGUAUUAAGGCCAUCCAAGGCACCGUGGAUAGGCUCAACCUCCAAAAUUAUGUCAACCUUGGUUAUUGGGUGUCGGAGUUAAACGGAAAAAUUGAAGCUAUUCUGCGCGAGCGACUUCUUCGUGCCGUUCGGGAGUGGAUUGCUACUUUCCAAGGAACAGGUGCACAGUCAACUUUGCACCAUGGCGCUGAUGAGCCUCACUCAAUUACCUAUAGCAUUAAUUUCCCUGAAUUGUUCCACGAGAUCUCAAUGAAGAAUCAAGUUCUUCACCUUGAUCCUCCUUUGCAGUUCGCUCGUGCAAGCUGGUUCUCCCACUUUGACAACUGGUUGGCCGUGAUAUGCAAUCUCGAGAAGAUCCAGGCAUCGCGUUACGACCUUACUGUUGAGGUGCAGACCCUCCAGCAAUCUGAAGUCCGUUUCACAGAUCUUCCACAAACCUGCACUGAAGAACUCAACCAAGUGUACGGUGUAGUUGAGUCUAGACUCAAGGAUGUCUCUGAAUACGUAGAUAAGUGGCUGCAAUUCCAGUCCCUUUGGGAUUUGCAAUCGGAACAGGUUUAUGAUAUCCUUGGUGAUGACCUGUCAAAAUGGCUUCAGCUGCUUCAGGAGAUCAGGAAAAGCCGUGCUACCUUUGACACUUCUGAAGUCAGCCGUUCAUUUGGCAACAUCCGCAUUGAUUAUGAACAGGUUCAGACCAAGGUCAAUGCUAAGUACGACCAGUGGCAACAUGAGAUUCUCCAGCGAUUCGGUGCCAAGCUGGGUGGCCGCAUGAGAGAAGUCCACUCAGACAUCGCCUCUGCGCGCCGCGACCUGGAGGGCCAAACUCUAGAGGCAUCAUCCACGGCUCAUGCCGUGUCUUUCAUCACAAUUGUUCAGCAAUGCAAGCGCAAGACUCGUGUUUGGGAGCCAGAAGUUGACAUGUUCCGACAAGGUCAAACUACGCUUGCGCGCCAGCGUUACCAAUUUCCCAAUGAUUGGCUUCAUGUGGAAAAUGUGGAUGGAGAAUGGACUGCCCUCAACGAAUUGCUCGCUCGAAAGGGGAAGAUUGUCCAAGAUCAGACAGAUGCUCUUCGUGCAAAGAUCUCCGCCGAGGAUCGUGUUAUCAACGAGAAGAUUUCUGAAGUUAUUGCUGAAUGGAAUGAGGACAAACCUGUUUCUGGUACCAUUCCUCCCGCGGAGGCCAACGCUACUCUGAGCUCCUUCCAAUCACGCCUUGAGGCCCUACAGUCUGAAUUCGAGAUGGUCUCAAAGGCAAAGGAAGCCCUCGACCUGCCCGCGACUGCAGAAUCUUCGUUGCCUGCCAUCCUUGAGGAGGUUCAAGAUUUCAUGUCGGUCUGGGGAGCUUUGUCUAGUAUCUGGGCAAAGCUGAACGAACUUCGCGAGGGCCUUUGGACCAGCAUUCAGCCCCGAAAGCUUCGACAAAGCCUUGAUGGUCUGAUCAAGAGUACCAAGGAAAUGCCUAGCCGUAUGAGACAAUAUGCUGCAUUCGAGCAUAUCCAGAAUGUUCUUCGGGGUUACUUGAAGGUUAAUUCUCUACUAUCUGACAUGAAGUCUGAGGCCGUUAAAGAACGUCACUGGCAUAAGAUCUUCAAAGCCCUGUGUGCUGAUAAGCGCUUCAACCCUGCAACCCUUACACUUGGUGAGGUUUGGGAUCUGAAGCUUACUUCCAGUGAGGUCAUCAUUCGCGAUGUCAUUUCCCAAGCCCAGGGCGAAUUGGCGCUAGAGGAAUUCCUGAGGACUGUACGUGAGGACUGGCAGAGCUACACUUUGGACUUGGUCAACUACCAGAACAAAUGUCGCCUCAUCCGAGGUUUCGAUGACCUGUUCGCCAAGUGCAGUGACAAUUUGAGCUCCCUGCAGGCAAUGAAGCACUCCCCGUACUACAAGGAAUUCGAGGAUGAAGCGACGUCCUGGGAAGACAAGCUUAACCGUGUCCAUGUUCUGUUCGACGUCUGGAUCGAUGUUCAACGCCAAUGGGUCUACCUUGAAGGAGUGUUUACCGGUAAUGCAGACAUUAAGCAUUUGCUGCCGCUUGAGUCUAGCCGCUUCCAGAACAUCAAUUCUGAGUUCUUCGCUGUCAUGAAGAAGGUGUACAAGUCGCCCUAUAUCCUUGAUGUCCUUGCUAUCAACGGAGUUCAGAAGUCUCUGGAGCGAUUGGCCGAGUUGCUCAACAAGAUUCAAAAGGCUCUCGGUGAAUACCUCGAGCGAGAACGCGUUUCGUUCCCUCGAUUUUACUUCGUGGGAGAUGAGGACUUGUUGGAGAUCAUCGGUAACAGCAACGACAUCUUCCGUGUCGCCAAACACUUCAAGAAGAUGUUUGCUGGAUUGUCUGGGUUGGUCAUGGACGAUGAUAACAGCAACAUCAUUGGAUUCACUUCCAAGGAAGAUGAGCACGUUCGCCUCAAGCGCGAAGUUAAUUUGGUCAAGACUCCUAGAAUCAACGACUGGCUCUCCGCGCUUGAGAACAACAUGAAGUUGACACUAGCCGAACUUCUCUCAGAGGCUGUUGAACAAUUCGAAAGCCUUUACAGUGCUGCGGAGGUCGACCGCACCGCUUUCAAUGACUUCAUUGCCAGCUAUCCUGCUCAAGUUGUCGUUCUCGCUAGUCAAGUUGUGUGGACAACUGCUGUGCAGAAGUCACUAGAAGAAGGUGGAGCGAGUCUCUCAGCUUUGUUCGACGCAGAGGUUCGUAUCCUGGAACUGCUCGCUGUUACUGUCUUGGGCGAUCUGGACCCCAUCACUCGCAAAAAGUGUGAACAUAUGAUCACUGAAUUUGUCCACCAACGUGACACUAUUUCUAAGCUGAUCCAGUUCAACGCCACCACUCCCACUCACUACUUGUGGCUUCUCCAGAUGCGCUACGUCUACCAACCAGAGGGCGAUUUCUUGCAGCGCCUGUAUGUGCAUAUGGCCAAUGCUAAGCUCAACUAUGGAUUUGAAUAUUUGGGUGUGCCUGAGCGUCUCGUUCGAACUCCUCUUACAGAUCGCUGUUUUCUUACCCUCACCCAAGCCCUUUGCCAAAGGCUUGGUGGUUCACCUUACGGUCCUGCAGGUACCGGAAAAACCGAGUCCGUUAAGGCGCUGGGUCUUCAACUGGGUCGUUUUACUCUUGUGUUCUGUUGUGACGACACUUUCGAUUUCCAGGCUAUGGGUCGUAUUUUCCUUGGUAUUUGCCAAGUCGGUGCUUGGGGUUGUUUCGACGAAUUCAAUCGUCUGGAAGAACGCAUUUUAUCUGCCGUUUCUCAGCAGAUCCAGAACAUUCAAAUUGGCCUACGAAAGAGCGAAGAGGAUGACAAGUCUCAGAUCGAGCUCGUCGGUAGACGCCUGGCUGUCAAUUCCAACACUGGUAUCUUCAUUACCAUGAAUCCUGGAUACGCUGGUCGAUCAAACUUGCCCGACAAUUUGAAGAAGCUCUUCCGCAGUGUUGCCAUGUCUAAGCCCGACAAGGAGCUCAUCGCAGAAGUGAUGUUGUUUUCUCAGGGGUUCAAGCAAGCCAAGCCCCUCUCCAAGCAGACUGUGCCAUUUUUCGACCACUGUUCCGCGAAGCUGAGCAAGCAAGCUCAUUACGAUUUCGGUCUUCGUGCCUUGAAAAGUGUCCUUGUCAGCUCUGGUGGAUUGAAACGUGCUCGGGUCGCCAACUCUGAUGGUGAUCUGGGUCCAGAUGAAGUGAUUGAACCCCAGAUUAUCGUUCAGUCUCUUCGUGAGACCAUUGCCCCCAAGCUUGUCCAAGAGGAUGUGGAACGUAUGAUGGAGAUCCAACUUGAGGAUUUCCCUGGUGUUGAUUACGUUCCUGCCAACUACCAAGAUCUUACAGAUGCUAUCCGUAGCAUUGCUCGCGAGCAGCACUAUGUGGACAGCGACACCUGGGUCACUAAGGCCCUUCAAUUGUACCAGAUCCAGAACAUUCAUCAUGGUGUCAUGAUGGUAGGACAAUCAGGCUCCGGUAAAUCGAUUGCUUGGAAGAUUCUGCUGCAAGCUCUGCAGCGUGUUGAGAACAAGGAGGGUGUCUCCCACAUCAUUGACUCUAAGGUCAUGUCCAAGGAAGCUCUCUAUGGUAACCUCGAUAGCACUACACGUGAAUGGACCGAUGGUCUUUUCACUGGAAUCUUACGAAAGAUCGUCGACAAUCUUCGUGGAGAGAACACUAAGCGUCACUGGAUUAUCUUCGAUGGUGACGUCGAUCCCGAAUGGGUAGAGAACCUGAACAGUGUGCUGGACGACAACAAGCUCCUCACCUUGCCCAACGGUGAACGUCUUAACCUGCCUGACAAUGUUCGUAUCAUGUUUGAAGUCGAGAGCUUGAAGUAUGCCACUCUUGCCACUGUUAGUCGUUGUGGUAUGGUAUGGUUCAAUGAAGAUACCGUGACACCAUCGAUGAUGAUCAGCAACUAUGUCGAGGGCCUCAAAACCAAAACCUUUGACGAUCUCGAUGAUGAUAGCGCCCCUGCUGGAUCAGUUGCUCUCAAGACACAAGACACUCAGGAGACGCUGUCCACGAUUCUGAGGCAACACCUGGAAUCGGAUGAUUUGGUCCACAAGGCUCUUGCAGAGGCCAAAAAAUACAAUCACAUCAUGGAAUUCACCGACAGCCGCGCUCUUAAUACACUGUUCAGCUUGUUGAACAAGUCAUGCCGCAACGUCUUGGAGUACAAUGUUCAACAUGUCGACUUCCCCCUGGAUGCAGAGCAGAUCGAAAAUUACAUUUCCAAGAAGCUCUUGCUCACCUUGGUUUGGUCUUUCACUGGUGACUGCCCCCUUGCCGACCGCAAGUCCUUCGGACAGUACCUUGCAGGCAUGUCUACCACUGAUCUUCCACCAGAUGGCGAUUCGUCACUUAUCGACUUCGAUGUCAGUCUUCCUAAGGCUGACUGGACAAGCUGGCAGUCAGAGGUGCCUACAAUUGACAUCAAUACUCACUCAAUCACGCAAACCGAUGUUAUCAUUCCUACUGUCGACACCGUUAGACAUGAGGAUGUUCUCUACUCAUGGCUCGCUGAGCACAAGCCAUUGCUUCUUUGCGGUCCUCCGGGAUCUGGCAAAACCAUGACCCUGUUUGCUGCAUUGCGGAAACUGCCCAACAUGGAGGUGGUUGGCCUCAACUUCUCCAGCGCGACCACCCCGGAUCUCUUGAUUAAGACUUUCGAGCAAUACUGCGAAUACAAGAAGACUUUGAACGGCGUGGUUAUGUCUCCCAACCAGAUUGGUCGUUGGUUAGUGAUUUUCUGUGAUGAGAUCAACUUGCCUGCUCCCGAUCAAUAUGGUACCCAGCGAGCUAUUUCCUUCCUGCGCCAGCUUGUGGAACAGAAUGGUUUCUGGCGAACGACUGACAAGACUUGGGUCACCCUUGAUCGUAUCCAGUUUGUUGGUGCUUGUAACCCUCCUACUGACGCUGGUCGUACUGCAAUGGCGGAGCGUUUCUUGCGCCACGCACCUCUGAUUAUGGUUGAUUACCCUGGCGAGCUCUCCCUCAACCAGAUUUAUGGUACAUUUAACUCAGCUGUGCUGAAGAUUUUGCCUUUGCUUCGUGGAUACUCUGAAGCACUCACCAAGGCGAUGGUUCAAUUCUAUCUGGAAUCUCAGAGUAGGUUUACCGCCAAGAUUCAGCCUCAUUACGUGUAUUCUCCUCGUGAACUUACUCGCUGGGUUCGCGGUCUGUAUGAGGCUAUUAAGCCCCUCGAAACCUUGACGGUCGAGGGUUUGGUGCGUAUCUGGGCCCACGAAGCUUUGCGUCUUUUCCAGGAUCGUUUGGUCGCUGAAGACGAGCGAGCUUGGACUGCUGACGCGAUUCGACGAAUCGCAUUGGAACACUUCCUACAAUUGACGAGCAGGAGGCUCUCAAGGGUCCAAUUCUCUUCUCAAACUGGCUCUCUAAGAACUACGUUCCCGUUGAACAAGAACGCCUGCGCACGUCUCAAGACAUUCUGUGAAGAGGAAGUUGAUGUUCCUUUGGUCCUGUUUAAUGAUGUCCUUGAACAUGCGUUGCGUAUUGACCGGGUGUUCCGUCAACCCCAAGGCCAUCUUAUUCUCAUUGGUGUGAGCGGAAGUGGUAAGACCACGCUGUCUCGCUUCGUGGCCUGGAUGAACGGUCUGAAGGUCUUCCAAAUCAAGGUCCAUGGCAAAUACUCUUCGGAGGACUUUGACGAAGACCUCCGAAGUGUCCUCCGCCGGGCCGGUUGCAAGGGUGAGAAGAUUUGUUUCAUCAUGGAUGAGGGUAACGUGCUUGAUUCUGGAUUCCUGGAACGCAUGAACACACUGCUUGCCAAUGCCGAGGUUCCUGGUCUGUUUGAAGGCGACGAAUUCUCUUCUUUGAUGACGGCUUGUAAGGAAGGUGCUCAGCGUCAGGGUUUGCUUCUUGAUUCGCAAGAGGAGCUCUACAAAUGGUUCACCCAACAGAUCAUCAAGAAUUUGCACGUUGGCUUGUCAUCCAAGGCCGCCACUAGUCCUGCCCUUUUCAACCGUUGUGUAUUGAACUGGAUGGGUGACUGGUCCGACCAAGCCUUGUUCCAGGUCGGCUCUGAACUAACCCAAUCUGUUGACCUGGACAAGCCCAACUUCGUCGCCCCCGACAGCAUCCCGGUGGCUUAUCGGGAACUGACAUUGCCCGCCUCACACAGAGACACUGUCGUCAACUCAAUGGUCUACAUCCAUCAUUCGCUGCUCAGGUUCAACGAGCGUCUGCAGAAACAGCAAGGCCGGACUACCUACCUCACUCCGCGCCACUAUCUUGACUUCGUUGCUCAGUAUGUCAGGCUCUUCAAUGAGAAGCGCGAAGAUCUUGAAGAGCAGCAACGACACUUGAACGUUGGUCUGGAGAAAUUGCGUGAUACUGUCGACAAGGUUAGCGACCUCAGAGGUAGUCUUGCGCAGAAAAAGACCCAGUUGGAACAGAAGGAUAAGGAAGCUAAUGAGAAGCUUCAACGUAUGGUUGCUGACCAGCAAGAGGCCGAACAACGAAAGACUGCAUCUUUGGAGGUACAGGCGGCACUCGAGAAACAGGAGAAGGAGGUUGCCAGCCGAAAGGAGGUUGUGCUGCAUGAUUUGGCUCGCGCGGAACCUGCAGUUGCAGAGGCACAGAAGAGUGUCAGCAACAUCAAGCGUCAACAUCUUACCGAAGUCCGAUCCAUGGGUAACCCCCCUGCAAGUGUCCGGCUUGCCCUGGAAGCCGUAUGCACUCUUUUGGGCCACAAGGUCGACAGCUGGAAGACCAUUCAGGGUAUUGUGCGGCGAGACGACUUCAUUGCCAGUAUUGUCAACUAUGACAAUGAACGGCAGAUGACCCGCAACCAUCGAACAAAGAUGCAGAAUGAGUUCUUGUCUAAGGAAGACUUCACCUAUGAACGAGUGAGCCGUGCCAGUAAGGCAUGUGGUCCUCUAGUUCAAUGGGUUGAGGCUCAAGUGAACUACUCCGCGAUCUUGGAUCGUGUUGGUCCCCUCCGUGAAGAGGUGGAUCAACUUGAGGACCAGGCCUUGCAAACCAAGGCUGAAGCCCAGGCCAUCGAAAACACUAUUCAGAGCUUGGAAACCAGUAUAGCUACUUACAAGGCUGAAUAUGCUGCUCUUAUCAGUGAAACUCAGGCUAUCAAGGCGGAGAUGUCUCGCGUUCAAUUCAAAGUCGAUCGGAGUGUGCGCUUGCUUGACAGCUUGGCAUCUGAGCGUGAACGUUGGGAGGAAGGAAGCAAAUCUUUCGAAACACAGAUCGGCACACUGGUCGGCGAUGUCCUCAUCGCUGCCGCAUUCCUCGCCUAUGCUGGUCUGUACGACCAACAAUUCCGUAAGGCUAUGAUUGAUGAUUGGGUUCACCAGCUUGGUCAGUCUGGUAUCAACUUCAAACCGCACAACCCCAUCACCGAGUACUUGUCCAAUGCCGAUGAGCGACUUACCUGGCAAGAGAACUCGCUUCCUGUGGAUGAUCUCUGCACCGAGAAUGCUAUCAUCCUCAAUCGUUUCAACAGAUAUCCUCUGAUCGUUGAUCCCUCUGGCCGUGUUACCGAAUUCCUGCAGAAGGAAAGCAAGGAGCGCAAGCUUACAGUCACAAGUUUCCUCGACGAUUCGUUCAUCAAACAGCUUGAAAGUGCACUGCGUUUCGGAAAUCCCAUUCUCAUUCAAGAUGCCGAGCACCUAGACCCUAUUCUCAACCACGUUCUCAACAAAGAGUAUCAAAAGACAGGUGGCCGUGUGUUGAUCCAACUGGGCAAGCAAGAAAUCGAUUUCUCUCCCUCGUUCCGAUUGUUCUUGUCCACUCGAGACCCCUCUGCCUCAUUUCCACCAGAUGUUUGCAGUAGAACGACAUUUGUCAACUUCACUGUCACUCAGAGCAGCUUGCAAACCCAAUCUUUGAACGAUGUUCUCAAGUUCGAGCGGCCAGAUGUUGAUGAGCGCCGUAAUAACUUGGUCAAGAUGCAAGGAGAAUUCAAGGUCCAUCUGCGUCAGCUCGAAAAGCGUCUGUUACAAGCGCUCAAUGAGUCGCGAGGCAACAUUCUCGACGACGAUAACGUCAUCGAAACACUAGAAACUUUGAAGAAGGAGGCUGCUGAAAUUUCCAAGAAGAUGUCCGAGACCGAGGGUGUCAUGUCCGAGGUCGAGAACAUCACUCUCCAGUACAGCAUCAUUGCACGAGCAUGCAGUGCUGUAUUCGCCGUUUUGGAACAACUUCACCAUAUCAACCAUUUCUACCAAUUCUCUCUUCAGUAUUUCGUUGACAUCUUCAACGCUGUCCUCUAUCAGAACAAGCGUCUCCAGCAAGAGAAGGACCACUCUGCUCGAAUUCAGAUAAUCAUUCGUGACCUUUUUAUCAUCACCUAUCAGCGCACUUCGCUGGGCUUGGUGCAGAAGGAUCGGAUUACAUUGGCAAUCCUUCUGGCCCAAGCUACACCGUUCCCAAUGGAUCGUGCCAUUCUUGAUCGCAUCUUGGAUGAAUCAGUCGCAGACGCUGAUCUCUCUACUACAGCAGAUGGUCGCGAGCAAGUCAUGAGCAAGCUCCUUAACAUGUCAAUCUUCAAGGAUUACGUUCCGAAUAUCCCUCAAGAUCAAUGGGAUUGUUUCUUCAACGAGGAGCUUGCUGAGAAUGUCAUUCCACCUGUUUGGGAAGGAAACACACCCCAGCUUGACCAGCUUCUCCGAUCAUUGCUUCUUGUCAAACUUUGCCGGAUGGAUCGGUUUGUGCCAACUGCUGAGCGUUUCAUUGAGGCGGUAUUCGGUCGCGAAUUGUAUGAAGGCAGCAGUGAUCUGAAGGAUGUGCUUGACCAGGUCACUGCAACAACUCCUAUCGCUCUUAGCUCUAGCCCUGGGUUCGAUGCCAGUUACAAGGUCGACGCUCUGGUUGAGCGGACUCACGCUAGCUGUGCUAACAUCGCCAUGGGUUCCAAUGAAGGUCUCGAGAGUGCCGACAAGGCUAUCAGCAAUGCUGCUACAGCCGGUAAUUGGGUUCUUGUCAAGAACGUUCACCUUGCUCCCUCUUGGCUGCAAAGUCUGGAAAAGAGACUGGAGUCUCUCAAGCCCCACAAAGAGUUCCGACUGUUCCUUUCCAUGGAAUCCAGCCCCAAGAUUCCUGUCAACUUGAUUCGUGCAUCUCGUGUGUUGAUGUACGAACAGCCCGCUGGUGUUCGUGCCAAUAUGAAGGACUCUCUUUCAUCAUUGACCAAUCGAGCCACGAAGCCUCCGGUUGAGAAGGCCCGUGUCUAUCUUCUGCUUUGCUUCCUGCACGCCGUGGUCCAGGAACGACUUCGUUAUGCACCUAGUCUUGGAUGGAAGGGAUUUUGGGAAUUCAACGACAGUGAUUACGAAUGUUCCGCUUUCAUCAUCGAUCAUUUCGUCGACUCUGUGGCCCAGGGCCGUUCCAACGUCGCCCCUCAGAAGAUCCCUUGGGACAUGAUCCGCACUCUUAUUUCCGAAAUGUACGGCGGCAAGAUCGAUGAUGCUGGUGACUUCAAACAGCUCGAAGGCCUUGUGAACAACUUCAUUACCGCUGCCGCGUUCGAAGAUGACUACAAACUGGUCUCUGGCGUUGAGAAGGAGGAGCUUCUCGUGCUACCCAGCAGCCCCAACAUCCGUGACUUCAUUGCCUGGGUUAACAACCUGCCUGAGCGUGAACCACCUACCUACCUGGGCUUGCCUGCUAAUGCAGAGAAGUUAUUGCUGGUCAGCCAUGGUCGUAAGAUGAUCUCCGAUCUUUCUAGGCUGACUACUCUCUUGGACGAGGGAGAGCAGCUCAUGGUUGAUAUCUAG